AAAAAAUCAAAAACUAUAUAAUAUACGUACACACGUUCAUACGCUCUCUGUUUGUUUGAUUGUUUGUAAGUAACGCAUAGCUCUUCUGUUGUUAUCUGAUCGAAGUAUUUCUUCUACUGCAUCUCUCUCAGCAGUGAGAUUGACUUUGUUUGUUCGUAUACUCAAGUUCGAUCUCAUUUUGCGAUCGAAUGACCUCCUUCAACUUAAAAGCUACAGGUUUUCUUCUCAUUUAGUAGGAGCUGAUGUAAUUUUAGACUUCAAGGAAAUAGGCAAAUGGGAGAUACACGAGAUGAUGAUACUGGGCCAUCAGAGCAAGAAACCUGGUGGCCUUCAGAUUUUGGGCUUCCAUCUAAUAGUGCUUCAAAUAUUCUUUGGACCACUGGUUCGCUUUCUGAGCCCAUCCCAAACGGCUUCUAUUCCGUGAUCCCGGAUAGUAGAUUGAAGCAGCUAUUUAAUAGCAUUCCUACAUUGGAAGAUCUUCAUGCUCUGGGCGACGAAGGUCUAAAGGCUGAUGUGAUUCUUGUUGAUUUUCAAAAAGAUAAAAAGCUUUUCAGGCAAAAGCAGUUGAUUACCAAACUUGUCAGUGGAUUUAACUCAAAACCAGCUGCUAUUAUCAAGAAAAUUGCUGGACUGGUGGAAACUGUUUAUAAGCAAUCUACUGUGCAUAGCCCGGCAAAAACUACACAAUCUCUUGAAAAUUGUGGGAUUCAACUGCUAGGACAGAUCAAGAAUGGUUCUUGCCGUCCUCGAGCUAUCUUGUUCAAAGUUUUAGCUGAUACGGUUGGCCUUCAAAGCAGGCUUGUAGUGGGUUUGUCAAGUGAUGGAGCUGCUGAGAGCGUAGACUCAUACAAUCAUAUAUCUGUUACUGUUCUUCUUAAUUCUGUGGAAAUGCUGGUUGAUCUAAUGCGGUUUCCUGGUCAGCUUAUUCCUCUAUCAACCAAGGUAAUAUAUAUGAGUCAUAUCUCAGCGGCAGGGGAAAGUGAUUCUGCAGAGAACGACUCUUGCGACUCGCCUUUGGAGCCAAAUAGUCCCAUGUUUGGUUAUCCAGAGCUUGAAAAUGCAGAAAAAGAUGAAAGCCUUCUGUUUCGUAGGAAACUGGAAGGGUAUCCAAAUAGGUCUGGUCCACCAUCAAGGAAUAUGCUGUUACGAUCUGCCUCCGUGAUAGAGAGAAAAUUAAGUUACUCACAGAGCGAGUCAAACAUUGCUAAUGAGAUUUGGCGGCAGAACCGGAGAAAGGUCAAUGCUGAUCAGAGGACUGUUGGUUCCAGCCCCGAGCAUCUUUCCUUCCGAACACGUACAAGGUUCAUGUUAAGUGGCGACAGGAACCUGGCACAAGAUUUCACCGGUGAUGUUGCCACAUCAAGCUCCAAAUCUGUUGGACGAGCAAAACUGGAAACUAAGAGAAUAAGGAGGAGAAGCAUUAGUAUAACUCCUGAGAUUGGUGAUGAUAUCGUCAGGGCAGUAAGAGCGAUGAAUGAAGCGUUGAAGCAGAAUCGCCUCUCAAAAGAGCAAUGUGAUGAUGGUUCAUCUCCUAACUCUCCAAAUGACAGAAUCGAGGGCCCUCAUCUCCAGAAAAAUGUCUCUGGUUUCCAUCUCGAUGCUCAUGACCAAGUAUCUGGAGGAAGGUCGAUCCUUUCCAGGGAAACACUAGAUCCACAGUCACAGAAGGCAAUCUCACUACCAUCUUCACCCAAGAACUACCGAGGCCAAUCCUAUGAACGGAAUGGAUCGUCACAUCGUAAUAUAAGCCACAUUUGGGAUAAAGUAUUGGGAUCUCCCAUGUUCCAGAACAAGCCAUUGUUACCUUAUGAAGAAUGGUACAUAGACUUCUCUGAGUUGACGGUUGGGAUUCGUGUUGGAAUUGGAUUUUUUGGAGAAGUCUUCCGAGGAGUCUGGAACGGAACAGACGUUGCGAUCAAAGCGUUCCUUGAGCAAGACUUAACAGCUGAGAACAUGGAAGAUUUCUGCAAUGAGAUAUCGAUUCUUAGCCGACUUAGACAUCCCAACGUUAUACUGUUCCUUGGAGCAUGCACAAAACCUCCAAGAUUAUCACUGAUCACUGAGUACAUGGAAAUGGGAUCUUUGUAUAAUUUGCUGCGUUUGAGUGGACAAAAGAAGAAGUUAAGCUGGCGCAGGAAACUAAAGAUGCUCCGUGACAUUUGCCGGGGGUUGAUGUGCAUACAUCGGAUGGGGAUAGUACACCGUGAUAUAAAGAGUGCAAACUGUCUUUUGAGCAGCAAAUUGACAGUCAAGAUCUGCGAUUUUGGGCUAUCGAGAAUAAUGACAGGGACAACAAUGAGAGAUGCAGUCUCUGCAGGCACUCCAGAGUGGAUGGCUCCUGAACUUAUCCGCAAUGAGCCCUUCUCUGAAAAGUGUGACAUCUUCAGCUUAGGUGUAAUAAUGUGGGAACUCUGCACUUUAACCAGACCUUGGGAAGGAGUACCGCCUGAACGGGUUGUUUACGCUGUUGCUUAUGAGGGAGCUCGGCUUGAGAUUCCUGAAGGGCCAUUGGGAAAGCUUAUUGCAGAUUGUUGGACAGAACCGGAACAAAGACCAAGGUGCAGUGAUAUACUUUCUCGUUUGAUGGAUUGCGAGUAUGCACUUUGCUAACUUCUCUUGAAUCUUUUUUUUUUUUUUUUUUCAUUCUGUGAA